CGGAAACGUGGGGAAUUUGAAUUUGUGGCGACGUUGCCGCUCGUGCCGGCGGCGGUUGGUCGGUCGGUCGGUGUGAGGCGCUGCUCCCGUUACCGGGCAGAGAGGGUGUAAACACAACACUGCCAUGACUUCCAAGAACAUCAUCAGCAGCCGCUUCGGCCUGCGCAAAGCGGACGUGUCCCGGUCCGAGAGCGACACCGACAAGGUCCGGAAAGAAAACGCGCUGCUCAAGAGAUCGCUGGAGGAGCUGAGCAAGGGCCAGACAUGGGAGCGCGAGAGGAACCGCCUGCUGGAGAAAAUUCUGGCACUUGAAACUACAAAGCAGAAACAGAUCCAAGAACUUGAACAGAAAGACAGGCAGCUACAGACGAUGAAAGAUCAGUUAUCCAAAUCUGGAAGUAAUGAGGUGAAUGCCCUGCGCAGAAUGCUUGAAGAUAAAAAUAAUGAUAUAAAGAAAAAAGAACAGCUCUUCAAGUCCUUGAGUGAGGAAACUGAAAAUCUGAAAAAUAAACUGUCUGCAAUCACUUUAAAAUGCAAAGAACUUGAAAUCAGCGUUCCAAAUCUUUUACCUCAGUGCCAAAGUGGAUCAUCACAUGAAAUGGGAACACUCCAGGCUCAACUAAAAGAUGCUCUAGAGAAAAACCAGCAGUGGCUGAUUUACGAUCAACAACGGGAAGCUUACGUCAGGGGUCUACUUGGCCGGAUAUUUGAGCUCGAGCAACAAAAUAGUCAGUGUUCUGACUCCAAAGAAGAAACAAAUCAACAGCUGGAAAAUAAACAGAAAUACAAUGAGCAGCUGCUUUCAUCUAUGAAAAAGGAUUUUGAAGCACAGCGUGAUAUUGCAGAAAGACUUAAAUCGGACCUUUCUGAUAUUAAAAAGCGUUAUGAAGAGAAGAGCUUGGAGGUCAAUGCCUUAAAUGUCAGACUGCAAACAGAACAAGGUUGCAGUAAAUGGAAGGCAGAUGAAGAAAAGAAGUGCUCAGCUGAAAAAAUACAGAAGCUUCAAACUGAGUUAGAAAACUUAAACGCUCAAUAUGAAGAGGAGAAAAAAAGAUCAGCAGACCUAUUAUAUCAGAUACAGCUCCUUCAAAGGUCAUCUAUAAAUCAACAAGAAGAACAGACGAGAAAUAGAGUGAUGGAACAACAGAUGCAAAACCUUACAUUAGAUUUUGAGAGUGAGAAACAUGAUCGUCAAAAGCUGCAACAUCAGUUACAAAAAGUCUUGAAAGAGCUGCAUAAGGCACGAGAACAGAUCACCAGACUGGAGAAUACACAAGUACAAGAUAUCCACCUCUCGGAUCCAGUGUUGUACAGGAAUGGUGAUGAUGAAGACAAAUUGCCUUUGCCAAAGUCCAGCAAUCUUCUUGAUGAGAGUUUUUUGGAAUGCCCCAAGUGCAAAGCUCAGUAUCCCACAAGUCAACACCGUGAUCUUUUGGACCAUGUUGACUAUUGUAAUUACUAGAAUUCAGGCUGACUUUAUUUUCUUUUCACUCAAAGUUGUAAUCAAAAAGCUACUGUUAGCAAAUAAACAUUCGGACAUUAAAUGAAUUUGAUGCUUAAGAAUAUAAUUCAGAAAGCUGAACAACUUAAAAUUGAGCAACUUGACUGAUUUUCUAGUUCAAGUACAUUUGGGAAGGAUCAACUUAAUUUUUGCAAUUUCUUGAGACAACAUUUACCACCUCGGAACCUUUACAGGGUUUGAUCUGCAGUUGUCUUGAAAUACUCACUAUUAAUCAAGUGGGAAGCCUAAAGCUUAUUCUACCUGUAAAAUCAGCAUUUAAAACUAUGGAAUUUGAUGCCUCUAUCUAAAACAGUCUCUUGUGUCAUUACUUUUGGCCUUGUUUGGGUGGUCCAUUCAUGUUGUUGGUUAAGACUGCCAUCCUGCAGGUCAGUAUUGUCUUAACCAUAUUUCAGUUAGUUUGUAGGUAAACUAAACUGAUAGCGAAGUAUAAUUGGGGUUUUAUUGAAUGAUUCACACUGCAGAGCUUUGCUGUCACUCCUUUUAAUAUAUUCUUCAACAGUGUAGUAAUAUUUGGAUUCCUUCCACUGCCCUCAACCCUUGCUAUUUGAUUUGCACAGAAAAGUAUUUUUUCUUACUUUUAUAUGGUAAAUUUGAUUUGCAUCUAUUAUUUAAUCUGCUGUACAUGUUUUCCCUUUUGGGAAUAUAAUGUUGUGAUUGAAUGGAUUUUGCUGAUUUUAGUUGUUUAUUGUAACCUGAAGCUGCAGUACAGUACCUAUUCUCCCUUCAUAAACCUGUUUUAACUUUUGAUUACAUCCCAUUCCUUCAAGUUUGUUGAUGUACCUCCAUGAUUCCCAAUAUUAAAGUUCCUAACAGUGUCUGAGGCGGUGCAAAAUCUGCCAAUUGUUGCUUUGCAGCUAGUUCACAGACCUGGUGUAUUUAGUUCAUAUGCCUGCCUGCUGUUCUAGUCAAUUAAUGUUAUUUUGAAGUCACAAUGCUAUCAAGUUUUAUUAAAUAAAGAAAGCAAAUGUUAAACUUUCCCAUCCACUUAGUAGAUAAUCACCUUUUUAAGGUCAUAUGUUUGGAGUACAUAUAGAACCUUCAAUGCACUAAUCAUCAGCUGAAGUCUGGAUGAAACUAAUAUUGCAGAAGUUUGUUUUUGGUUUCAGUUAGUAGUAGUCCAGCACUAUAAACCCCUUGCAGACUCAAUUUGGAAUACAAGGUUUUAAUUCAGGUAGCACUGAUGGAAAGUUACUGCAGCUUUCUUCAAGUUACAGCAAGAUAUUGAGAUGAAACCUAUUUUAAUACUCUCUUGAAAGUAUUUUAAUUAUUUCAAAACAAAUUAUUUAAAUAUUUUAUCUUUUGGAUUUUAAGGUGUUCCAGUGUUUUUUGUUUAAGAUGCAAGGAUACAAUAUUUUGGAGGAAAAAAUGCUCACUGGCCAAUCCUUGAAAGGGAAUAAUGCGAGCUACUGUUUUCAUACUCAUUCUUCACCUGACUGUCUUUUGACUCUGACACUCCAACUGUUCUAUAGAAUCCACAAAUUUGAGUCUGUUCCUUGUUUGCACUGUACAUUAAGCCUGAAACCAGCGAUAUGUAGAUUGAUUUAAAAUUUAGCUUGUAUCUAAUGCUGUGUAUUGCAGGGCCAGAGCAGCAAUACAAUAGUUUCCUCCCAUUCUAUGGAAUGUUUAUACCAUUAUAUGUAUAUUUUGAAAGGUUCAUACCUUUGAGGGAUAGCUUUCAUUGUGAUCCAAAGUAGCUCAGAGGAUCUGUUCUUAAACUUAAAGAUGUCUUGAGCUAGUCACCGAAAGUCUGAAAACUUUUUCCAGUUUCUUCCCUGCACUGUAUUAUAGGGAAAUCCCAAUGAAGAGAAACCUAAGCCAAGCAGCUUGGUUUGAUAAUAUGAGGAGGCAUUGUUUGUGUGAAUUGUGAUUUCUAUUGGUUUAUAUUGCCUCACUUUAUUUCUUUUACAAUCAAGUUUUCAGAUACUUCUCGCAAUCCCCACCCCCUGAAGAGCAGCUAUGGAUAUUUUAACACUGAAGUUUGAUCCCAUAAACCAGUAACGUCCUAGUAAUGCAAUAUCUUUACAACAUUUAAAUUAUUUUCGAUGAAGUCAAAACAACUUUGUAUAAAGGUUUGGUUCCCACUUUUUAACACUUGUCCCUUUCUAUAAAUGUGUACUUUGUUGGAAAUACUAGGCAAAUGGUCUACUUUGGUUAUGGGAAUCCAUUUAUUUGUAAAAUCAA